ACUACAUUACUACAUGUACUAUACGUACAUGUAUAUAUAUGUAUGUGUCACUAUAUCAGUUCUUUCAUUUUGCCGAGUGUUGUUUUCAGUUCUUUUGUAGUAUACUGCACGAAGUCAUUACGUAAAGGAGAGUUAAUCCGUACGUAUAAAUCAGCGACACGUAAUUAUCAAGCAUGGCAGCGUCGACAUUGACAUUGAACAAUGGUACAAAAAUCCCUGUACUAGGUCUUGGUACUUGGCAAGGUGGUGAUGAUCCAUCUGUGGUUGAAAGAGCUAUUAAAGAUGCAGUCGAUGCUGGAUAUCGACAUUUUGAUUGUGCCUAUAUAUAUGGAAAUGAACGUGAGAUAGGCAAAGCAUUAAGAGAAAAAAUUGCAGAAGGUGUUGUAAAAAGAGAAGAUCUUUAUAUUACCACAAAGCUAUGGAACACGGCACAUAAAAAAGAAAAAGUAGUACCUAUGUGUAAAGAGUCUAUAAAAAAUUUUGGUUUUGACUAUAUAGAUUUAUAUCUUAUACAUUGGCCGGUAGCUUACGCGGAUGAUGCAAAAGGACUUUGGCCAGUUGAUGAAAAAGGCAAUCCUUUGUACGGAUAUGAAGAUUAUACUGAUACUUGGAAAGGCAUGGAGGAAUGUGUCAAAUUGGGAUUAACCAAAAGCAUUGGUCUUAGUAACUUCAAUUCUGUGCAAAUUGAUCGUAUAUUAUCCAUUGCAACUAUAAAACCAGUAAUGAAUCAAGUUGAAUGUCAUAUCAAUUUGAAUCAAAAAAAGCUAAGAGAAUUUUGUGCAAAACGUAAUAUCGCUAUUACUGCUUAUAGUCCGUUAGGUUCUCCUUUACGUCCUUGGGCAAAAUCUGACGAUCCACAAGUUAAAAUUGAUCAAACUAAAGAGAUUGCAAAAAAAUAUAAAAAAUCGCCUGCACAAGUUAUACUUAGAUACUUGAUUGAUAUAGGUACCAUCCCGAUACCUAAAUCAUCGUCAAAGGCACGCAUCGAAGAGAAUAUAAACAUUUUUGAUUUUAAGCUUACUCCUGAGGAAAUAGCACUUAUAGAUACAUUUGAUUGCGGUAUAAGAGUUUGUCCAGCUAAAGAAUUCGAAGGACACAAGGAUUAUCCAUUUAAAAUAGAGUUUUAAAUAUGAUUACAUGACUUAUACAAUUAUAAUCAAUAAAUGAUAUUAUUACUAUCUGUUAAAUAUAUCUUGAUAUAUUAUUAUCAACUAUA